CGGCGAUGCCCACUGCGAGCCCUGCAACGUGGCCCGCGCUGCCAGUCCCUCGGGUGCUGGGCACGAUGCUGCUCGCGUUGCUCUUGGCCCCAGGGCGGCUGUGGGGACUGGACAACCCGGAGAAGUGCACCUGGAAUCUAUUCCUGAACCAUUUCUCGAAUAUCGGCCUGGACCACGUCAACGAUCGCUUCUCCAACGAUGAGCCUUUACAGGCGGUGAGCAAACUGUUCAAGCUUCUGGGGGACCUGCCCGUGGAGACGGCGGAGGUGUACUUUGGGUUCUCCUACUACUUGAAGAUCAACUAUACCUGCAAGUUAGAGCACAGGGAGGCCACGGCACGCAGCGGCCACUUGAUGGGGCUGAAGCCUUUGGUGCUCGUCACCUUCCAGUCUCCCGUCAACUUCUACCGCUGGGAGAUCGAGUACCUGGAGAUCCAGAUGGUAGCGAUUCCCUUCCUCAGCAAAGAAUCCUGCCGUGCCGAAAUAGUGUGCGGCAUGAGUUGGUACGCGCCCAUGCCUGUCAAGAACGGCAGCGUGGUCAUGCACGUGGAAGUCAGCAGCAACGGCCUGGGGCCCAUCAUUCCCAAGAAAAGGUUCCUGAUGAACAUCAACGGCUUUCUGCGGAGAAAGGAAAAGGAUGUGGAAUUCACGCUGGGGAAUCAGCUCUUUAACAUGGCAUCCCGACAGUUCAAGGAUGUGCCGUCAAGGCCACUGUGGUACACUAUGGACCACACACCAGUGCUUAUCCUGGGCGGCAUCCCAGAGGAGAAGACUGUCCUGCUUACGGACACCAACUUCAAGGACUUCGUUCUGGUGGAGCUGAGCAUUGACAGUUGCUGGGUGGGCUCUCACUACUGCCCCCAGACCAACUUCACAGCCACCAUUCAUGAUGCCAUCGCUACCGAGAGCUCCCUCUUCAUCCGGCAGAACCAACUUGUCUACUAUUUCACAGGAAAAUACGUCAUUCUCCACGAGCAAGACGUCAGCAGCAAUAGAUGGAUUCGUGUCCUGCCCAAUGAGUGCAUCAGGAGGCUGUGCCCCGUGUUUUUCCCCAGCAAUGGCUCUGAGUACAUCUUGGCUCUCUCCUCUGGGAAGAACAAAGGCUUUGUCCACUUUGGGACCAUCAGAGAUGGCCAAGUCACCUUCGUAUUGGUUCCCAGGAGGUAUUCUGUGUGUAAAAGCUUAAAAGCCUUCAGCUGCUCCAUCAUCUGGGCCACAUUUGUCUCAUUCAAGUACAUACUGCUCCUGCUUGUGGAGAUCCUCAGGCCCAGCUCCAGGAGGCAGUUCCAGGUGGUCAGAUACAACCUAGUCAGUGACCAUCUGGCCAUCGUCUUCACCAUCCCUGAAUUCAUCCCUGAUGCGCGGGGCUUGGAGUUCCUGAUGAUGUUGGGGAUGGAGUCGUACACCACUGUCCCAAUGGUGCCCAAGGGCAUGUUCUACAACCCCUACAGCAACCUUCUCUUCCUCUGGGGCAACUUCCUGCUGCAGAGCUAUAACAUGGAAAACUUCAUCUACCUGGCCAACUUUCCCAAGGAGCUGACCAUCAAGUACCUGGUGAACUCCUUUCACGGGGAUUUGGUGCUGGUCACAGAGAACGAGGAGAUCUGGUACCACAAGGAAGAGAGCUACCGAAUCUACAGGCUGUUUCCGUCUGAGGCUUGGGACACACUGGUGAGUCUGAAGAAGAUGCAGAAGUCCCGGUUCUACAGCUACAGGGAGACCAUGGUCACCAUCUUCUAUGAGAGCAGGAAGCUGUACCAGCUGAUGUACCUGGAGACGGAUGCGCAGGGGCAGCUGGUCAAGAGGAUUGUGCCUCUGGAGCUGCUCCUCAAGUUCCAUCAGCCCAAGGACCAAUAUAUCCUGAAGCAGAAAGGGCAGGUAAAGGUGAUGACCUUCGCCAACUACUGCCCCUUCACGGAGAUGAGCCUUAGCAACCUGCCGGCCCCACAGGGCUACACGCGUCAGGAGCGUUACCAGGUGAAGCCACCCAUCACACUAGACCUGGUGGGCUUCCACCAGGAGAAAUCUCUGGGCAUCUACCAGGGCGUGGUCUACUAUCUCCUCUGGCUUCACUCCAGGUACCACAAGCCCUACGCAGACCCCGUACAUGACGCUACCUGGCGCUGGUGGAAGGACAAUCAACCAGAUCAGGAUUAUUACUUCUAUCUAACGAGCAACAGGCAUGGCAUCAACAAUGUGCACCUGGACCCCUUGAGCUACAUGAAGGUCUCCAACCUGAAGGCCGAGUAUGAUCUUCCGGAGCGCAUCUUUUUGGACAAAGGCAACAGAUACACCUUCGCCAUCCACCUGACCCCACGGGCCGAGCUCCUUAACAGCGCCUCCUUUCAGGUCCUGAGCCACCUGAGCGACAUGAGCCACCUGAGUCAAGUGAGCUUGACCAUGAAGAAGUACGACCCCUCCUGCAUCGAGGUGCAGGUGACCAAGACAGUCCUUAUUAGUCACAAUGCGCUGCUGUUUUGGAUUACCAUCAGCGAUCUAGGCGCAUGCUUCGACCAGGGCAUCAGUGGGCACAACCUCAUGAAGACUGCCAUAAUGUUGAAGGUGCGCUCCAGUGCGGGUGUUUGCCUUCAGGAGUUAAGCUUGUCUCCUUCCAUGCAGGAGAACCUGAUGAUGCCAGUGUUACUGGGUUGCCCGCCGGGCAAGCGCCUAGCCUUUGAUAUCACCUACACGCUGAAGUACAACAAGGAAAAGAACAGACACUAUUUCGACUGUGUGAAGGAAGACCCCGAGAUGCCCUGCUUCCUCUUCCGGGACACUUUCUACCCCUUCUUCUUAAUCCAAGACAUGGUGACGGGAGAUUCCGGCAAGUUUAAGGGCAGCUACAUACUGAAGGUGGUGGGCGGCGGGCCCACUGAGGCCACCAUCCGAGAAUACAGCGAAGCAGAAAUCUUCCGUUAUAACAGCCCUCUAGACCAGUCCAACAGCCUCAUCUGGAUCUCCAAACUGCCCAGAACAGACUUGCCCUUUACCAUCAUGUCUGAUGAGAAAUCCAGCAUUGAGUGGCUGUGUAUGGAGAACUCGCCCUGCCAUGACAUCAUUCCCAGCGGCUUCUUCGCCCCUGAUUUCUUUUUCAAGGUGUUGGUGAGCAAUCGUGGUGUAGACAAUAGCACCUACUGUGACUACCAGCUUGUCUUCCUGCUGCACAUCCAUGGCUUCCCCAUCAGCGCCAAGAGGGCCCUCUUCAUCCUCAUGGUGUCAGCCAGCAUCUUCAUCAGCUUGUUCAUCCUCUACAUUUUCAUCUGCAUCAUAAAGCCCUUUGUCUUAAAGGGCUGCAACUUUCUCCGCUGGAAGAUAAACACCCUUAUGGUUUCCGAGUCCUUCUACACCAACGCCUCCUCUUCCAGAGUCUUCGUUGCUGGGUCGUCCAAGAUCUUCAACUACAAGUUCAACGUCCAGACAACAGAGAUCAGUGAAGAUGAAAAGAAGAACUCUUGAAGAAGUAGCCGAGCUGACCUCUGGCCUACGCCACCCAAAUGCCUGACAUCUAUCUUCCUCCUGUACCUCUUGGUCCAUCUUAGAAAUCCAACUAGUCGCCAUUCUAUGCUUUUUUCCCCAUUUUGCUAGA